GAGAGAACGACUGGAAUGGUAUGCGCACAGACCUACAGAUAUGAAGCGACUUUGCCUGGUUAUUCUUUUCCUUCCCUUGCUAAUCGCACUUUAUCCUGUUGAUGGCAAAGUUCUGGAAAAUCAGACUGUCCACUUCAAUAAUUCCAUAGUAUACAGAACAAGACAACCCAUCGAGUUCAAAAUAACUGCUCAGACUGACUUGACUAUUUCCAAUGACCAGAUUACGGUUUUUCUGUUUUACUCUGACGGUAGUGAGAGUGAGUACGACACAGCAGCAUCGGAAUUACGCAAUCUGAGCACCGCAGCUCCACGUCUCCAUUCGUACUUCUACCAGGGGAACUACUCCGUAUAUGGAUUGUUGUCAUAUAAUGGAACCAAUUAUUUUACUUCAAGGAAAACAGUUUACAUCUGGGAUCCGAUAACUAUGGAACUGUCAACAAAAGAUUUUGCAGCCGUGAACGAGCAGAUUCAAAUUUCCUUUACUUCGUCUCCGUAUUGGAACGUUUAUUACGUCAUUGACUUUGGAGAUAAUAACACCAUUCAAAACACAGCGGGAUCUUUCCAUGACCAAUUCGUGCCCAGUACCAUUGCUCAUUCCUAUGUAGCUCUUGGACCUUAUAAUAUAACGCUUAGGGCUUGGAACUCGAUGUAUACGCACUUUCACAGCAAAAUGAUAAAGAUAGAGCAUCCCAUACCAACUGGAAGUUUGUCUAUUUCCCCAACAACUGAAUAUAUCCCUUAUCCUGACGGCAAAGUCAUUUUAACCCUACACUACUCAUCAAUGAAUCAGGACCCUACAAGUGUAAAGUGUAAAUUUAACUAUGGCGAUGGAGAAGAAACGCUUGCUGUAAAUUUAACAAAUAAUUCUCCAGUUGAACGGACUCACUUUUAUGAGGCACCAGGCACUAUGAAUGUGGUAUUUACGUGCACCAAUGGUAUAUCCGAGCAAGCUGUACACGCAACAAUGUAUGUAGAAUCAUACUCAUUAUCCGACUUUAGUUUUAGUUAUCCAAAUCCCGUUUCAAUGAGUAUGGAAUUAGAGCCAGUCAUUCCCACAUCCGAAUAUAGGCAUUUUUACAAAUCCGUCACAAUUCCUGUUAAUGUAACAUUUACCAUUUCAAUGAAAAACUUUAAAAAAUUUCCGCCCGGUUUAUCAGUUACUUGGGAUUUCAAAGACGGAGCACCUCCCGAAACUUUCCAGUUGGUGUCACCCCAAGUAACACACACUUUUUCCAGCAAACGUGGGACCUAUGCCAUGGUUAUCAAAAUAGGAUCCGGAAAGAGCGUGAAAACAUAUAGCCUUACAAUAACAUUAGGGGUGAUACAAUUGUCGUGUAGUUCUCAAAGGUUUGAUUUGCGGGACACCUAUGUAUAUCUAUAUGCACAAGGUAUAUAUGGUUCUCCUUCCUACUUCUUGAACGUCGACACCAAUUCUCACACUGGCAUAUAUUCAUACACAUAUAACGUAAAUCAUUAUAUGAAUGGAACUUAUUUCACUUUUAAGUACAUGAUGUAUGGGUUCUACUUUCCAUCCGUCUAUGCAGUACAUGCAAACGGAGAAAGGGAAACGGUGUUUCUUGACCAGUUUCUGAUAGCAGACCUUUCCGUAGAAGACAGUUUGAGUCUCAUCGUUCAGCCCAAACAGAUACCUCUUCCCCCAGGAUACGCCGAAUUUAAAGUAAUAUCAUCUUCGAGUACCACACGACCAUUUGUUACAUGUGAAAUGAAACCAGGGGAUGCAGUUGAUCGCGAUAGUGUUUACGUUAAAACACAGAAUAUAUCAUCUACCGAACCAUUGGUUUUCAAAUAUGUUUACACCAGCCUUGGAGCAAAUACUGUUACAAUAAAUUGUUCAAACUACAUAUCUGUCAAAACUAUGACAGAAGUAGCAACUACGGUAAAUACCUGUUUUGACCCUCAUGGUAUUUUUGAUCGUCAGCAUUCAAUACCAACCAAUCCAUUGAAAGUCUUCUCUGCAUACGAUCUUUACAUUUCAAAUCGAAUGAACAUACUCUGCCAAGACGAAAAUGCUUAUUUUGAAUGGAAUUUGUUCCAAACGGACAACACCAACACCAUUGGUUUACCCAUUGAUUAUGAAAAUCCUUUGAAGGAAGGUCAAGGUAGAUUCCUAAUAAAAAGAAAAUCAUUUACAGAUGGACUGUACAACUUAACUCUCAAUGUGACACUUAGUACCACUUGGAUUUCGGAAUACAUGUUUAUUCAAUUCCAUAGCUCGUAUCCCUUUGCUUACAUAGUAGGAGGUGAUUACGUCAUUGGAUCAAAGGAUAUGACGUUCGAUGCUUUAGCUGAAUCACGAAUUGAUUACCAAAUCUUCGGAGGAAACGAAAACUUAACCUUUUCAUGGAAAUGUACCAGAAUUUCACGUGUACAACUUACUCAAACUGAAAUAAUCAUUAAUGAAACACCGCUGAGUACGUGUUCCUUCAAAGAAAUAUCACAUGGGGUUGUUCAGCUGAGUUCCGGAAUUUUAACUGACUAUGAGUAUGCUGUUACAGUGACAGUGCACCAGGGAUCUUCCCAGAGAACUUUUACACAGAUUGCAUCAAUUACCGAGGAGGGACCAACAUUAGCUAUCAACUGUAGCCUUAAUUGCAACAACAAAGUUGCUAUAUCAUCAAAGGUUGCAUUAGUGGCUUGGUGUCAAUCAUGUGUACAAGAGGAGGCUAUUAAGUAUGACUGGAAAAUAUGGGAAGAAUUAAAUGGAAAAUACCAUGUAUUUCAACUGUCUGCAGAUUUAUAUGAAAACGAUACAACAAGUAAAAAAGAAGCUUUCGUGAUAUCCAGCAACGUUUUAAAUCCUGGUAAGAAGUACAUUGUGACAUUAUUUGUCACAACGGGCAACGAAACAGAACAAGAAGGCAAGGUGUACAGAAGAAUACACACAAACGUGCCACCUACCGGUGGAAUUUGUUCCGUUACAUUACAAACAGAUAUUGUAUCACCAAUCUUAAGCGUUAAUUGCUCAAACUGGAUCGACCCUGAUGACAGUUUACAAACAUUGGUAUACCUGUUUGAAACAGUAAUACGCAGAAACCUGACACACGGCGAAGAUGAUGUUGUCACAAUUAUAUACGAAGGAAGUGAAAGUGGCAUUGCUGAUGUGCCUAUUCAGGCCGGGGAUCCAGUUUUUGGCUAUGUUGUGACUGUCAGAGUGCGAGUCUUUGAUAUCUAUGGAGAUUACGGAACCUUUACGAAAAACAUAACGGUGUAUCCUCCAUACUAUCCUACGGACGAAUCUUCUAUUGAGGCAUCAUUUGUUCACUUUGAUAAAAAGUUUAGCGAGCAUUAUUUGUCUGGAAAUGACAUACAAACACUGUGUUUCAUUGGAGCAGUGGCUUCCUGUUUCAAGCAGUUCCCUUACAAAGAAAAUACCACACGCGAAGAAGAUGUGCUUCGAGGAGUCGAGUCUAUCUAUAUUGAUGAUACGCAUGGAGGACCUAUAUUUUUAAACUAUCAAAAAAAGGUAAUAAAGCUAAUGCGACUAGUAGAAAAGAUCAUCACACCUGGUUGCAACAACUCACAAGGAAGAUUCAACUUAGCAGACUUACAGGUCAUAUACAGCACUCUUGAUGCACUGACUCGUUACCAGCCUUACCUCACACUGGAAGCUGUGAACGUAACAACAUAUAUCAUAAAAUUAUCGAUGGGGUGUUUGGAAUAUGGAGCAAGAGAUCCUCUUUCGGUAGACUCUGUGGACAAACUGACAUUAGUGGGUAAAGUUUUUCAUCGAGUAUUGGAUAAUGUAUUAAACAAGAUGUUGCCACAAAAACUCCAAAACUUGGAUGAGGAACUUUCAGAAGAAGACAUCAGAACAGAACUUAUUUUGAAAAUCACUCGAUUUCUGCAAGAAGCAUCAUUAUUAAAACAAAAGCAAGAAAAUAUAUCUUUAGAUCACCGACUCAUCAAUACUCAAGCCUCCAAUUUGUAUAAAAUCAGAGAACACGAGCGAUCCAAGCAGAUUGAUCAGCGUGAAAUGGCAAGAAUAAACAUUCCUGUUAUUCUAAACAGUCUCCGUGACUUUGUUAAAGUUUUGGAGAAAAUCGUCGCACUAGGAGAACGAAUCUUUCUUGAUGGACUUCACGUGCUUGAACUCAUGAUUAGAAAAGUAUCAGUCAACAGUCUGUCGGUGACUAAAGAUCCGUUUUUUGCUGGGAUCAAUCAAGGAAAUGGUUCUGUGCAACACUCUACCUACUUGACAUUAUCGGUCAUUAACUUUCUGAAGAAUCCUUUUAUAUACGGUGAGAAUGCAUCUCUUGCCACUUCUUCCGUGCCCGUCAUAGAAAUACCACAGAACACAUCAGUAGACUCCAUUAUUCCGAAUAAUCAGAAGCCAAAGUACGAAAAAUACAUUCCAUUAAUGAACCCAGCAUUUUCAGAACAAAUGAUAUUUUUCUCAUUUGAUGUCAUAAAUGAUGAAGAUGCUGGCCUUUUAUAUUUAAAACCCGAUGAUUUAGAUAUGUCCAACCAAGAAAACAAUACUUUAUACUCGUUUUACUUCUGUUCCACAACUUUUCCAACAUCUAGUAGAUAUGAUUAUAUUAAAGAGUUAGGAAUAAGAGAUUGGACUAAUUACGGUUUUAAAGUCUUCUUACCAGGAGGAGUUUGUGGAAAAGGAAUUUGUUUUCUUGGAAUCAAACCACUUACAGUAGCAAAAGCUUUAGGUGUGCUGAAAUCAAGGAGGAGACGAUCAUUAGGAAACACCAGCGCUAAUGAAACUACUACUAAUACGACAACAUUAGAUUUUGUUCCCGCGAAAGCUAACUUUAGCAUAAUAAUCAUAACAACCGGAUGUAGAACAUGGGAUAAUGACAAUAAUUCAUGGACAAUGGACGGUUGCACUGUUCUUCCAAUGAGUGAUUUAAACCACACUCUGUGUCGGUGUAUAGGAGAUACUUUUUCAUCUUCGUUUUAUGUCCCUCCAAACGUCAUCAAUUUCCGUACAGUUUGGGGCAAAUUUGACGCAUCAAACGCAUCGGUGUAUGGAACGCUGAUCGGCGUCUUUAUAAUUUAUUUGGUGUUGGUAAUCUUGCUACGAAAACAAGAUAGAAAGGAUUCAGAAAAGUGGGCAGUGUCAUUUCUCUCGGAUCAUAAAACAUCAGAUGUAUACUUCUAUUUGAUAAGUGUUUAUACUGGGCUACGAAAAGGAGCUGGUACAAAAUCAAAUGUAUACUUUAUGGUGACGGGAGAGCAAUGCGAUACAGGAAUUCGUGUCUUGAAUGAUGGAAGAAAAAAGGAAUUCACUACAUCGAGCGUAAACACAUUUUUCUUUGGAACAACGGAACCUUUAGGAGAUUUAUUGUAUUUACGAAUAUGGCAUGACAACACUGGACCACUUGGACUUCAAAGUUGGUUUCUAAGCAAAAUAAUUAUCGACGACUUGCAGAGCAGAGAAAGGUAUUGCUUCUAUUGCAACAAAUGGCUGGCUAUUGAUGAUGGAGAUUGUACUCUUGAUCGCAUUAUUCCAGUCUCGACAGCAAAUAAUAUUUCUCUCAAAACACGUCUUUCUGACGAAACACAGACUCAAAUUACGGAACACCAUUUAUGGUUAUCACUGCUUCUUCGUCCACGACAAAGUAAAUUCACACGUGUUCAAAGACUUUCGUGCUUACUGGCUCUCUUAUGUCUGAUAAUGAUAUCAAAUGCUAUGUUUUUCCGAUCCUCCGACGAGAACCAAAAUGUAGACCAGGUGAAGUUUGGAAUUCUUAAAAUUUCUAUGUCGACGUUUUUUAUAUCCAUUAUAGGAAUUUUGAUAUCUAACCCACCUAUUAUUUUCGCUUCAUUUGUAUUUAGUCACAUUAACAACGAACAAUCUACCAAACGGAACUAUUCCAAAUUGACUAGAACAUGUGAAAAAGAUGACAGUCACUUUACUAAGAUUGACGCCUCAGAAAUGGAUGUUUUCCAACAAAAAAUUGACAAGUUUCCACAUUGGCUAUACUAUGUUGCUUGGAUAAUUUUAGCGUUGGCCGUGUUAUCAUCCUGUUUUUUCUUAAUUUUGUACAGUAUGGAAUGGGGUAAUGCAAAAUCAGAGGAAUGGAUCUCUUCUUUCGUUUUCUCUGUAGUGGAAUCCUUGGCUAUAGUCGAUCCCAUAAAAGUUCUCAUUUUAGCAAUCACUUUUACAACAGUAUUGAAGAAUAUGAUGCAAGAGGACGCGCCUAGGGUUAAUCUACAAAAAGUACGAUCAUUUGCUAUGGUGCCAAAUAAGUAUCAAGAGACAAACAUUUCAGAUUUAACAAAUUACGUUUUACCAACAUAUGAUAUACUCUCCAAAGAAGAAAUUAAAGAGUUAAGGAAAAAAUGUCAUGAUGAAUCCCAAGCAAAAGCAGCUCUUAGGAACCUUAUAUUUUUUACCAUAUACAUCAUCGCUAUUUACUUGAUUAGCUACAAGGAACGCGACCAACGGUCUUUUUAUUUAAAGCAGAACUUAGAAAACUAUCUUCUUACUGGAAAACAAGGAUUCUCAACUAUAAAAAACCAAAGUGGUUUUUAUAAAUGGUUGAAUAACACCUUCAUCCAAGCAUAUUAUCCCGUCAAUAACUAUGCAAACGAGCCAUUGACAGUCGUGGAUCGUCAAUGGUUUCAAGAUAUGGCGAGUAUUCGUGUUGGACCUGCCCGGCUGCGACAAGUUCGAAUGAAGUCAACUCCUUGCAAAUAUUCAAAGUUGCUAGAAAGUUAUCCAUGCAUAGAGACUUAUUCGGAAGAAGACGAAGACCAGAGCUCAUAUUGCUUACAGUGGAAGCUUUACAAUAAAAGUGUUUGCGGGUCUGAAAUUUAUAAAAGACGUUUCUACACAGAUGAUUCAUGGACGUAUACUGACGCUCGUGAUAUUUGGGGAAUAUCCCGAAUGGGAGAGUACAGAACAUACAGCGGAGGCGGAUACAUUUUGAAGUUUGUAAAGAACAAAGCAAGUGCCUCCUUACUUUUAAGAGAGCUUAUUGAACAUAAUUGGAUCAAUCGAAAUACACGCGCUGUCUUUUUAGAAUUUACGAUGUACAAUCCAAACGUGAACCUUUUUUUAUAUGCUAUGCUACUUGCAGAGUUUCCGGAGGUUGGAAGUGUUGUCACUUGGACAGACAUUCAAGCAUUUAAGCCGAUAUUGAAUCUUUCAUCGCUUGGCUUUGGACUGGUUAUGUCAUAUACGAUAGUAUUUUUUUACUACAUUUACUUGCUUUUCAAAAUUAUUUGGAACUGGUCUACGUUUGGGUGCUUAGCAUUCAUCAAAGAGCCUUGGAACAUUGUUGAUUGCAUAAGUACCCUUCUAGCCUAUUCUUGUUUCCUGACAUUUAUAAUGAAAUUGAUAUACACAAACACGGCUAUGGAUAUGUUUUAUGAGGACAAAUUGACUGGUGCCAAUCGAUUCAUAAACUAUGGUCACAUUGUUAUUUGGGAUAAUGCUUUCAAUGUUUUCUUUGCUGCUCUUGUUUUUGCAUCAACAUUACAGAUAUUGAAAAUUUUAGGAUACAACAAACGUUUUACCGAAAUUCUAGCAGUUAUUACAAAUGCAAGAAAGGAUUUGCUUUCUUUUGGAAUUAUUUUGACGAUUUUACUAAUUGCAUUUGUUUUCUUAGCUUAUUUACUUUUUGGAUCAAGGCUAGAAAACUACAAGUCUAUAUACAUCACAUGUGGAAGUCUAGCCAACACGUUUAUUGGCAAAAACAAACUUGAUCCUCUAGUAAUUGCCUCGCCGUUGACAGCCCAAUUCUUUUACAUGACAUAUGUAUUUUUUGUCAUUAUGUUCAUGUUGACAGUUUUCUUGUCGAUCCUGAAUAACAGUAUUUCAGCAGUUCGAGCUGAGACUACCGGAGCCGCAACUUCUCUAGGAAUGUUGCACAUCGUAGAAAAUUCAAUCAGAAACUUCAUUGAGAGUGUCUUCAAACUCAAACAGAGAGAAAAAUCAGAAAAGUAUGCAGGUAACUCAUCAAAAAAGGAGAUCAAUGCUGUCAACGUCAUGACGUUAAUUCGAGAUAUUGUCACCAUUUAUGGGAAUGAAGAACUAAAGUCGAUAAAGAAAAGCAAUGGUACCGACGAAGAAACAUGUCAUCUGAUAUCAGAGGCAACCUCAAUUUCUCUCAAAAUUGAUUCUUCUAAUGGUCGUGACCUGUCGAGAGAGAACAACGAUGGAGAUGCUUUCAAAGACAGAGCCAUCUCUCGAUUUGGCGCUGUAUCCACAUCAAGUGUAGACUUUGUGUUACAUGAUUCGGACGACUCAAGCAAAUACAUUCCAAUACAAAAUUUGGCGAUGCUUUAGAAAUACAUUAGUGGACAUUACAUUUCCUUUUUAUUUUCACAUAUAAUAUUUUGAAUUUUAAGGUCACCUGAGUCACUCAGUUGACCUAUUGCAAUUGGUUUUCGUCCGUCAUCGUGCGUCGUUUGUCGUGCGUUAACGAUUUUACAUUUUUAACUUUUGGGUCAUUUGUUACCAUGUUUAGGUCACCUGAGUCACUCAGGUAACCAAUUGCUAUCUGUUUUUUGUCCGUCGUCGUUAGUCGUUCGUCAAUCGUCGUACGUCGGUCGUAAUUUUUUAAACAUGUUAGCUUCUUUUAUGGAAUCACUAAACCGAUUUCAGCCAUAAUUGGCAUAUACAUGUAGCAUUUUUGGGGUAAAGGGGAGUAAAAAUUGUGAAAUUCAUGGCCCCUUCAAGGAAACUUCCUAAAGAGGCCACAAUAUAUGUACCUUUUUACGUUUGUUUCCCUGCAGUGAGCUUCAGCCCACAACGCUCAACAUUUCAGCAGCUAAAUUUUAACACUAUGAUGCAUGAUCUCAUAAUUCUUAGUUUUUGCACUAAAAUAAAUUAUUUAAGGUUAUAAGGUAAGAAAAUCUAAUCUAGUUGUUCAAUGAAAAACUUUUAUUGAAUUUCUACAGAUAAUAUACCCCCCCCCCCCCCAAAAAAAAAAUCAUUUCUUUACCCAAUUCUGCCAAAAAUUCACAAAAUUUCAUAGUAAUGGAAAUUUCUAAAAAGUUUACUCACUAUUUUUUUUAAACAUAAAUCUUAUUAAGAGUUAUAUAUUUGCUGACAAAAAAAGUUUAUCUAAAUUGACCGGCUAGUUUUUGUUUGAUAGUCUCUUGAACAUAUAUAUCCCCAUAUUGUUUGAUUAAGAUUUACAAGCUGUUUUCCACAUUGAGAAAUGAAGCUGUAGUUAAAAUAUUUUGAAACGGUUUGGAAAGAGUCCAGGCAGUUAAUGGAGUUAUCUUGCCUUGCUUCUUCCUAAUCAUCCUUUGCUUGUUCAUAUUUAUUAUUUAAUCAUUAAGUAUACUGUAAUUUUUAAGUUGUAUGAUAAAAAGAGUAAUGUAAGUAUUUUUAUCAUUUGAAACAAAAACAGAGUUUGAACUUUCUAAAUAAACACAUAGACUUGUUAUUAGUAAAGUAAUAAUUCACUUACCAAAUCACUAAUAACAGUGUAUGUAAAAUAAUAAUUUUUGUAUAACUGCCAGAUGCAUAUGGUGAUGAUUGUUAACAAUGAUUGUUAAUGAAGGUUGAAUAUUCAAAGGCUAAAACAGGAGAAGUGAAAAACACUUUAUUGCUUUUAAAACUAUUUUUGUUUUAAGUGCUAACAGGGAGAUUUUCUUUAUGUCCCUGGAAUGGGGGAUUAAAGGUAGUUUGAAAUAAAACAUGUAGUUUAUUAAUGAAACCAUCAUGAAAGUUAACAAAAAUGGGAAAUCUAUUUUCUAUCAGAGGCUUACACGUUUUUAAUAAUAGUUCUUGCACUGUAUUAUGAUCUUUAAGAUUUUCGCCAAAAGUAUAGGUUUCCUAGUUUUCAGGCAGGGGGCUGGUCAUCAUAAUUAUAAUAUAAUUAUAAUUUUUCUACUCCACAAUAAAACUUGAUUACAAGUAUGCUAGUAAAUAACAUUCUUCAACAAGUUUGUGUAUGGGCUAUGGUACUGAGGAGACUGUUAAGGCCAAUUGGCCUCUUGUUUUGUGAUACAGGAACUUCAUACUGAAAAUUGUUCCUUUUCGUUCAUAUUUCUGUAUGUGUUUGAAAUGACGUUAUAUCUUGUAUUCAUAAGAGAUUAGCCUCGAGAAACCUCAGUACAGAAGUAUCAUUUAUCUUAGGAAACUACACCUAACGUUUCACCGGUUACCGUGUAAAGUGAAUUUUUUAACUGAUUAAUAUAGAUUAGCUGUUUGCUGACGACAGAAAGCUUUAUUUCAGCUUAUAUUUUAACUUUGUGUAGAAGCCAUUGAUUUUUCAGCUUCGUCUCCUUUAUCCGCUUUCUCUUCACUGUGUGAACUAUUUUAGUGUUUUUCCUUUUAUGAACAUGAGAUUUUUUUUACCUUAUUGUUGCCCUUCCUCUGUACAACCAUUUUUCUUUAUUAAUUAUUUAGAAAUGUUUAUACAUUUGUAAUAAUGACCGGACUACUUUUUGCCCUGUGAAUUAUAAGUUUUAUUUUUUAAAACUUAAACAACGCAAACUGUAUAGUUCAAGUACAUUUUAUAUUUAGAUAUAUUUAUUAUAUAUUAGUAUGUUGUGAACAAUAAUAAAUUGCAAC